AUGUUUAUUCAAGUUUAGAAAUAUAAAAAAAAAGUUAUAGAAACAAUAAUAUACUACAAACACUAAUCUGUACUACUACAAAUAUGGAGUACUGCCAUAUGAACACGUAGACAUUCUUCCCAUAUCAGCUUCGUACAAAAUGUUAGCAAUAGCUAUUUUCACGUUAGCAAGCGUUUGAGUAUCAUACUUCUUCAGCUCAUUAGAUAAGUGUAAAGCAUACGUGAAGUAUGGAUCAUUCGAUGCAGUAGUAGAUGAUUCCAAAAUUUGUAAUGCUUGACUCAUCAUUUUAUCGGAGUCGGAAAUCUCUUGUUUUUUCCGUUUUCGACCUUCUUGUACAGUUGAAGUACGGAACCUAUCCUUUGACGUACUCCUCCUUUCCGUCUCUAAUUGAAACUCAGUAGUCCUCCUUUCUGUCUCAAAUUGUGACUCAUCAGUCACCCUUUCAAUUUCUAAUUGUGACGUAGUGCUUAGCCUUUCCACCUCCAGUUGUGAUGCAGUACUAACAUCUUGGGAUUUCUAAAAUGAAAAUUGUUUGUUUAGAUUAUAAAGAAAGAGGAAUUUUCAAACCACUUAGAUUUCUAUUAAGAUGCCAUCUACUACUGAAGAGUGGCUUCAAAUCGCCAAUGAAUUCGAAACGAAAUGGUCCUUUCCUCACGCAAUUGGAGCAAUUGAUGGAAAGCACAUCAUGUUACAAGCGCCAAUCCAUACAGGCACCGAAUACUACAACUACAAACAUUUUUUUAGUGUCGUAUUGUUUGCGUUAGUAGAUGCAAACUAUAAUUUCAUAUACGUGGAUGUAGGAUGCCAAGGGCGAAUAUCCGAUGGUGGCGUAUUUAAACAUACAACACUUUACCAGAAAUUAGAGAACCGAAGUUUGAAUAUUCCCAACUCAAAAGCCUUGCAAAUACCAUAUUGCGUGGAAGUGCCUUAUAUGAUAUUAGGAGACAAGGCAUUUACUUUGAAUAACUACACAAUGAAACCAUUUGAUGGAGAUCCAGGUAUUGGAACACCUGAACGAAUAUUUAAUUACCGUCAUUCUAGAGCUCGCCGAGUAGUAGAGAAUGCUUUCGGUAUAUUGAGUGCCGUAUUUCGUGUAUUAAGAAAACCAAUGCUACUACAACCGGAGACAGCAUCAAAAGUAACAUUAACUACUGUAUACCUCCACAACUUUUUACGCAAACGUUCUUCACGUGAAAUUUAUCCGCCACCCGGUAUGAUCGACACUGACAGGACUGGAGAAAUAAUUGAUGGAACAUGGAGAUCUGAUCAACCAACGACAUCAUUCUUGCCUGUUCGCAAUAUUCCACGAAGAACAUCUGAACAAGCCAAAAAUAUUCGUCGCCAUUUAGCAAAUUACUUUAUUUUAAAUUGCCCCUUCCCAUGGCAGAACAGAUGUUAAUUAAAUAAUUACUUACAUCACUUCUAACGGUGUCCAAUGUUGCAACUGGCUUAUCUUUGUCCUUUAAAAAUUGUAAAUAUUUGUAUGCAAACCAUUUUGAUUCAUACACAUCUUCACUACCUACAAACAAGAUUUGAUAUUCGUAAUAAAAACCUUAUAAAUAAUACACGUUGUGUGAAAUAAAAAAAUACCUGAUCCAGUAAUUCUACUUUUGUUUUCCCUUGACUUUUCACUUCUGUAAGAUCCCAUCAAAGACUUUAUUUUUGAUUUGAGGGCUGUAACGGGCUUCUGAAGGCUGUGACUCAUUUCCUUCCAUGCGUCCUCCCUCUUUGCUCGAUUAUGGUGUGCCUUGUUCUUUGGGUCCCAUAAAAAUGGAUAAUUUUUAUACAUUUCUAUUAACCGGAUGCUUUCCUCUUGCUCUUCGUUCAUUGCUCUUGGUUCACGUUCAAUUGGAAUUUAAAAGCGUUAUAAAAAACACGUGAUUUCCUAAAAUUUACAAGACAAAUUUAAAGUACACACGAUAUUUAAAGAAAACACCAUCAUAACCUUUCAUCCGAUUUCGACAAAAGCCAAAACGGAAUUGGUUUAUUCUGUUAAAUUAAACUCACCUUAGCACAAGAGUGUU